AUGGCUGCAAACACACGCUCAGCUCAGGACGUCAUUGCGGCCCUGAACCUCUCCCCGCAUCCGGAAAAGGGCUAUUUCAUCGAGACGCACCGCGACGGCACCAACGGCACGGCCAUUUACUACCUGCUGGAAAAGGACGCGGGGCGGUCGCACUGGCACAAGGUGACCAACGCGACCGAGAUCUGGCACCACUACGCGGGGGCCCCACUCCGGCUCGGCCUGGCCUGGGACGACGGCGCCACGCCCGUCCGCCACGUCGUGCUCGGCCAGGACCUCUGGCGCGGCGAGCGGCCCCAGGUAGUGGUGCAGGUCGGCGAGUGGCAGUGCGCCACCACGCUGGGCGACUGGACCCUCGUGGGCUGUACCGUGUCGCCUUCCUUUAGCAUGGAUCACUUUGUCAUGGCCGACGAGGGCUGGGAGCCCAAUACCGGCGGCACCGGCAAUGACGACGACGACGCAAGGGCGGGCUCAAAGUAG